CUGUCUCCGGGCUGCAGCUGCUGCACGGGAGCUGCACGGGAGCUGCACGGGAGCUGCAGGGGAGCUGCAGGAGCUGCACGGGGGCUGCGGCCCCGCCGGGGGAGGAUGAAGCUGCUGGAGAACUCGAGCUUCGAGGCCAUCAACUCCCAGCUGACCGUGGAGACCGGCGACGCGCACAUCAUCGGCAGGAUGGAGAGCUACUCGUGCAAGCUGGCUGGGAUUGACAAGCAGCUGUUCAAGCAGUUCUGCCAGGAGGGGCAGCCCCACGCGCUCGAGGCCCUGAGCCCGCCCCAGAGCUCCGGCCUCAGCCCCGGCAGGCAGGGGGAGGGCCCGCUCAGUGACACGUGCAGCCGCAAGACGCUCUUCUACCUGAUCGCCACCCUGAACGAGGCCUUCCGGCCCGACUACGACUUCAGCGCCGCCAAGAGCCACGAGUUCAGCCGCGAGCCCAGCCUCAACUGGGUGGUCAACGCCGUGAACUGCAGCCUCUUCUCGGCGGUCCGUGAGGAUUUCAAGGCGCUGAAGCCGCUGCUGUGGGACGCGGUGGAUGAGGAGAUCUGCCUGGCCGAGUGUGACAUCUACAGCUACAACCCGGACCUGGACUCGGAUCCCUUCGGGGAGGACGGCAGCCUCUGGUCCUUCAAUUACUUCUUCUACAACAAGAGGCUCAAGAGGAUCGUCUUCUUCACCUGCCGCUCCAUCAGUGGCUACGCCUACACCCGCCCGGACACCGGGAACGAGCUGGACAUGGACCUGGGCGAGGGGGACACCGAGAAGGGCGACAGCGGCGACCCCGAGGGCGGCGGCAUCGAGGAGGACAGGCCGCAGGUGAUGUGCAUGUGAGAUUCCCGGCGGGAUCCGAGACACCGGGAACGGAACCAGCAAUGGGACUGGAAAUGGACUGGGAACCAAACCAGCGCUGGGAACGGAAGCGGGACCGGGAACGGAACCGGGAACGGAACCGGGAAUGGGGACGGAACCGGGAAUGGGGACGGA